CAACUUGGAAGAAUCAAAUGCGCGUGCUCGCCACACUGACUCUCGUGUUCAUGCGCGUAACGUCACUCAGUGAGAUGGAAGUCCUGUGAUGAUGGACCAACGGAGAAUCCUGCGGCUCCUGGUCGUCAUAUUUGGAUUAAACAGAGUGUGUGAAUCGUUGUUCUGUAACUGCACCACACCGAGCUGUGAGAAGUAUGGUUAUAAGUGCGAGACAAAUGGGGCGUGUGUGGUGUCAACCUCUGUUAUCGGUGGACAGGAGCAGAAUGUGCGUCUCUGCAUCCAGAAGGAGAAGCUGGUUCCUCCCGGCCAGCCGUUCUACUGUCUCAGCGCUGAGGGACUGAUGAACACACACUGUUGCUAUAAAGAUUACUGCAACAGCAUCGAUCUCAAACUGCCGACCAUGACUAAGCAAUUGGGUGCCGGUCAGGAAUGGGGUCCGGUUAAGCUUACAGCGGUAGUGGCUGGUCCGGUCUUUGUGGUGUGCGUGCUGGUUCUGCUGGGUCUCUUUUUGUUCCAUCACCACCAGCGUGCCUACGGUCACCGCCAGAGACUGGAGGUGGAGGACCCCAGCACUGAACACAUGUUUCUGGCCAAAGACAAGACCUUACAAGACCUCAUCUAUGAUCUCUCCACCUCAGGGUCUGGCUCAGGUCUGCCCCUGUUUGUCCAGAGAACUGUGGCUCGUACCAUAGUACUGCAGGAGAUCAUUGGUAAGGGACGUUUCGGAGAGGUGUGGAGGGGAAGGUGGAGAGGAGGCGACGUCGCUGUGAAGAUCUUCUCCUCUCGGGAGGAACGCUCUUGGUUUCGUGAAGCAGAAAUCUACCAGACCAUUAUGCUCCGUCACGAGAACAUUCUGGGGUUCAUCGCUGCUGAUAACAAAGAUAAUGGCACGUGGACUCAGCUGUGGUUGGUAUCAGACUAUCAUGAGAACGGCUCUCUGUUUGACUAUCUGAACCGAUACUCGGUCACCAUUGAGGGCAUGAUCAAACUUGCUCUGUCGGCUGCCAGCGGACUGGCACAUCUGCACAUGGAGAUCCUGGGCACUCAGGGUAAGCCCGGCAUAGCUCACCGGGAUCUUAAGUCCAAGAACAUUCUGGUGAAGAAAAACGGCACUUGUGCUAUUGCCGAUCUCGGCCUAGCAGUUCGGCACGAGUCCGUCACAGACACCAUCGAUAUCGCACCCAACCAGCGCGUCGGCACCAAGAGGUAUAUGGCACCUGAGGUUCUAGAGGAGACCAUAAACAUGCGUCACUUUGACUCAUUUAAAUGUGCUGAUAUCUACGCUCUAGGUCUGGUUUACUGGGAGAUCGCUCGCCGUUGCAAUGCUGGAGGUAUUCAUGAAGAAUACCAGCUGCCCUACUAUGAUCUGGUGCCCUCUGACCCCUCCAUAGACGAAAUGAGGAAAGUGGUGUGUGACCAGAGGUUAAGACCCAACAUCCCGAAUUGGUGGCAGAGUUAUGAGGCAUUACGCGUGAUGGGAAAGAUCAUGCGCGAGUGUUGGUAUGCUAACGGUGCCGCCCGACUCACAGCUCUCCGCAUCAAGAAAACCCUGUCGCAGCUCAGCGUGGACGAAGACAUCAAAAUCUGAAACGAAGUGUGAGAGACUGGUGUUCUUAGAAAAAAACGAAUUUGUACAGAAACGCUACCAGUCGAAACUUUCCUGCCAGUUUUAAAGCAAAGUUUUUCCGUCCGCUAGAUUGCGACGGGUCCUACCUCACCCCAACGCCAAAACUACUGAAUCCCACGGUACCCAAAAACUUUCUUUCUGUCUGCUUUAAACGGUUAUCGCCAUCUGCUCUUCAUAUAUCAAUCUUUAUCUUCGCGACUUUAGACUACUCAAAAUAUACCACUGGCCCCGGGUAAAACCUGUUAUCUCUCUUUAUAGUGAAAUGGUUCUUGGUGGGUUUUGUUUUCUAAUCAUUUGCCCCAAAGACUCACAUUUGACCCUUUAACUUGGUUGCUGUGAACAUUUGAUGUGGGCUUGUUGCUGUCAGUCUUUGAUCUGUCAAAGGUCUACCUCGGUUAAGAUGCUAUAUAGCUUUGUAACAUUUAUGAACGCAUACACACACUCCAGGAGAUAAGGGGUUCGGUAAACGGUGUGAAUUGGUGCAAGAUGAGCUGAUUAAAAUGGAAUGGUAGAGAUACCGGAAGAAAAAUAAUUUUUGGACCAAUUAUUUCCUUUUUUAUAACCACGUAAGCAAAUCAACCUUGUUUGCACUUUAUUAUGGAGGUUUUGCAAGUAUGAAGUGGAUUAUAGCCAUCUUAAUUUUGGAUUCGCUCACUGACACACUGUUCUACUGAUUGGUACGGAGAGAUCUAUUUAUUUUAGAUUUUAGAGCCAUCAUAUUAUCCUUAUUUUUUUAUUGCAAUUCAAAUUUUCCUCCACUCCACAGCAAAGCUACUGUAUAUAGUCUAUUUUUAAACGUAUGGAAAUGUAAAUAGCUUACCCUUUUUUAAUUUCGGAUAUCUUUGACAGCUCAAUUAAAGUGUUGGGUUCUUUUUUGAGAUGUUUCUUAUAUUAUGGACGUUUGGCAGUCAGGUAUUGCGAUAGGAAUGCGGGAAACUGAUGUGUGGAAAUGUACGGGUCGCGGGUUUGAAAAUUAUUUGUUUUUGUGUCGUGUACAGUAUAGUAAAACUUCUUUUGUUUGACCCAGUCUGUUUUUUAAGCUAAUCGUGUGGAGAGUGUGGCUUCUCAUGGUAGCAUUAAAGGGAUAGUUCUCCCAAAUAUGUAAAUUCUGUCAUCAUUUCUUCACCCUCAUUCAAACCAGUACGACUUUCUUGCUUGCGCAGAAUACAAAAGAAGAUAUUUUGAAGAACGUUGUUAACAGGCACCCAUUCACUUGCAUUGGUUUUGUCUCAAUACAAUAGAAGUGAAUGGUUUCAAACGCUGUUCGGUUACCAACAUUCUCAUACAGGUAGGAGUGAGUAAAUGAUGCCAGAAUAGUAUUUUGUGGGUGAGCUAUCCCUUUAAAUUUCACUAAAUAUGACUUAACACUGGUUACAUACAUUUUAUUUGAGGUUUAGGAAUUGUUUGUGGCUAAGACGAAAGUGCUUAAACUCUUGAACUCUUAAAUUAUUUUUAUCAUCGGAAACGAAGACAAAAAGCAAGGCCAUAAAACCAUAGGAUAAUUGAUGAACGGACUAAAAAUGAAGGAGCUGGAAAUCUCAUCCUCUGCUGCAGCUCUCAAAUUAAACUGCACUUUGAAGUGCAUUAGGAUCAGUUUAGAUGCACAAUAAUCAUUGACGUUUUGCAUUAGACUUUUAAAGCUUUGAAUCAUGAAUGAGAUUUAUGAAUGAUUUAUGUGUGAGCUGAAGAUUUGUAGUCAGCAGUUGUGACUUGGAUUUCAGUCUGUUCUUGGUGUAAAGCUGUCCUACUUAUUUAUAUAGACCGAGCAGGAUGUGCAUGGACUGCUUUUAUUAUUGCUUUUUUAACAUUGACAUCCGCACUGUUUCAUUAAUUCUGUUGUAUGAAUGUAUUAUUUUAUUUUUUUGUGAUGAUCUGUUUCUUUAGAUGUAUGUCAUGAUUCAAGAGGAAAUGUUUCAUUCUUUACACACUGGCAGGAAUGACUUGAAAGGUUUGGUGUAAACUAGGCUCGUCUUUACAUCUGAUACACUGUAUUUUUGACAGGUGACCCUGACAAGUACUCUCCCUUAAUACUACUGCCCUUCUGUACUCCACUCCUGUAUGGGAUAUACAAGAUGUAAAUAUAAUAAUUAUCAUGUAUGAUUUUUUUAAACAAUCAUGUUUUCUUUUUAUUCUAUUUUGUGGUUGUAGCCAGCUGCCUUUAUUAGCUGUUUUGUCACUCUCCAUUUUGUGAUUCAUCCAUUUUUGUAAUGUGAAUUAAUUUAGGUUCAUUUGUAAUGAGCUUUUAACAGUAGAAAUGCUCUUAAAGCAGCUGUAUAGGAUUUUUGUGUGUAUUUUAUUUUUGUAAUUAGUGGAUCUCCCGGCCUCUCCAGAAUGUUCCAGGACUGAUGUUUAGAGUUUUGUCUGAUCUUGGGAGUGUUUGACAAUCUCAAAAGUAAGUGCUAGGUAACUUGCUAAACUUGCUUCGUCCAUUUGCAACAAUUCAAAGCCACCAUAUGAAAAUGUAUUUAUUCCAGAGAAAACCAAAAAUAAUUGGAUAUGUUACAAAGGAUGUGUUGAUGGCUGUUAUGUUUCUCUAGAUAUUUAUUUUCAUUUGUUUUUGUAAUAUUUGGAUUUAAAAAAAAAAAAAUUGUGAUGUAACACUGGAUUGAUUUUGAGUCAAUACACUACUGAGAUCACACUAGCACGCUGCUAAUUGUGAAAUGCCUGUCAAUAUAGUUUGGAAAAUCUAAUUUAAUUUUUGCUUUUACAUGUACAGGAUAAUGGACAGUCAUUAACUCAACAUAAAUCCAAUCGGGACAUACAAGACCCCUCCUCCCUACAUCAGGGUCUUGAUCACCCUGUCGGAGUUUAUAUUGUGACAUAAUGUCCAUUUAAUUAAAGCCUUGUAUUGUUAUAAGGAAAUAUUUCCUUUAGCCUCUGUGACCUUUGACCGCACAACCUACCUAUAAUCGCAGUGUAUUUCCCAAAUCUGAAUAGGGAUGUUUCAGGAAUUUCCAAUCAUGUACAUGGGUAAUAAAUACAGAUUUUCCUACGUUU